AUGGAUAAGCUUGUCCAACGCCAACAAGAAGUGCUCGAAUGUAUCCGGCAAAUCGAUAGAAACUUUUCUAAGGAUUCGGCGAGUCGUAAGACUCGCGACUACAUAAUACAGCGCUUAGAGAAGUUAGAUAAACUUUGGGCCGAAUUCAAUAGUAAUCAUUCCGCUUUAGACAUGUAUAGGCAUGAGGACGUUGGGUAUUUUGCUGGAAAUCAGUAUGAUCAAGCCAGAAAAUACUAUGAGGAGGUGCGGUCUAAGGUGGCUUCGCACCCACUAGCUGAGGAAGACGUAUCGACUCCAGGAUCGAGUAAAAUAGCGCCCAUAAAAUACGUCACUCGCUCGCAGGCUUCCAGCCCCGUCAAGGCUCAAGAUGGCUCUCAAAUUACCUUUAAGGCUCUACUGGAUCAAGGCUCACAGGUAUCACUAAUCUCCGAGAACGCCGCUCAACUGUUGGGAUUGACAAGAAAGUAUCACCAUGCUAACAUCUCGGGUAUUGGUUCCGGUUCGAAGCAAAGUCGAGGUAUCGUGACUCUUGAAUGUGAGUCGAUUCAUAGCAAUUACACGCUCAGAACGGACGCACUUGUCAUCAACCGCGUUACCAACAGUUUGCCUCAGGUAUCCUUCGAGAAGCAAUCAUGGUCCCACUUAGAAAACAUUCCUCUAGCUGAUCCUGAAUACAACGUUUCACAAACAAUAGACAUCCUUUUGGACGCCAGUGUGUACUCAGAAAUCAUAAUGGACGGACUACUCAAAGGCCCAUCGAAGGCACCCAUAGCUCAACAAACAAGGCUAGCUGCAGAGGAACUGAAAGGAUCCUUCUAUAUGGAUGAUCUCAUAGAAGGACGAGACACCUUAGAGGAAGCGAAGGAAUUACAACAACAAGUAAUAAAUAUUCUUCGAGGUGCGGGCAUGAAUAUCCGUAAAUGGUCCAGCAACAGCAAGGAGUUAACGAAGAACCUCAAUCGGAAUCAACUUGAUACCCCAUUAGAUUUUAAAUGCUCCGAAUCAAGAAAAACAUUGGGACUACGAUGGCAUCCUGACUCCGAUACUUUCACCUUCCAAAACAAAUUUGAUAAUUUAAUUGAGGAGACAUUAACCAAGCGACAAUUACUUUCCCACAUAUCGAAGGUUUUUGAUCCACUGGGUGCCAAUCGUCUAUUGCAGAAAGAAUCCCACCAAAUUCUAGGGGCUAUAAACAAGGACUUCUUUGCAAAAAUUGACUCCCACAUCGAAUGGAAUAAGAACAUUGAAGUGGGGGACGUCGUGGUAGUACGCGAAGACCAUAUUCCACCUGGAAAAUGGGCUCUGGGAAGAGUCACAGAAGUUCACCCCGGAAGAGAUGGUUACGUUCGCAUCGUCUCGCUUAAAACAAAAAAUGGAGUCAUAAAAAGGCCAGUUAUUAAGUUGGCCCUCCUUCCGGUCAGUGAAAAUAAUCAACAGGUACAAUCCGUGUCGGAUAGUAACGCUCCAAAACAAGGUGUCCCAAGAGGGGAGGAAACCAAGAACUCAUAA